UUAUUUAAACAUUAAGAAACAAACAGUGUUCCUAUUCAGUCGAAAGUUACACUGCGAUCAUGGCUAAUUCUGAUUCGGACGACGAAGAACAAAAUGAUGAACUCCGCCGCUAUAAUGAACAUGUAAACGAAAGUGAGGGUUUUGAUGUUCCUGAUUUUAUUCCGAAAGGCAUCUAUUUCGGAUUGCUCUAUCGUGUUAAUCUUUCAAAUCCCGACAAACUCAAAGACGUAACGCUCUGCGCUAAAUUUGCUAUCAAACACUACAACCAUCUGCCAGAGAAUAAUGAGAGGAAAUUAAAAUUACUGAAAGUUUUGAAGGCAACCUAUGGUUAUAGGAACUAUAAUAUAACCUUAAAGGCUAGAGAUGAUUCUGGCUUUGUUACAACCCACGAAACUAAAGUAUUUUACGCGAGUCAUAGCAAUGAGCGUUUGGUACGCUUAUUCAGGCCAAAACGCAAAAAACAAGAAGUUGAUCAGUCAAGGCAGGAAGUCAAGUAGAAGCAAUUCUAAUUCAUGAAAUCAAAGGUAUAUAUGAUUAAUGUGUAAGAUGAAUAAUUAGUUGAAAUUAAGAUGAUUUUAUUUUAUUUUGCAGUAAGAGAAGCUUGACUUGAAGUUUGAUUUUGUUAUGCAGUUUUUGACAUUUUAUGAUUUCAGAAUGCAAUGAAUGAAU